UUGAACUCUCUUAAAACCCUAAUUCCCAAAUCUUCCCUCGCUGCCCGCAAAUAAAGUUUCAAAUUUUCUCCCAUUCUUUUAUUAAUUUCGAUUUAAUUAUUUUCGUUUUCUGAUUCGGUGAUUCGCGGAACAAUGCCACCAAAGCAGCAAGGGAAAUCGAAAGCCGAUUUGGCGAAGAAGCAAAAAGUGGUUGAAGACAAAACCUUUGGAUUGAAAAACAAAAACAAAAGCAAAAAUGUUCAGAAAUAUGUUCAAAAUCUCCAGCAGUCCGUUCAACCCAAAGCCGACCCGUCUAAAGUCGCUGCUAAGAAAAAGAAAGAAGAAGAGAAAGCUAGGGAGAAGGAGUUAAAUGAUUUGUUUAAAAUUGCUGUUACACAACCAAAAGUGCCUCCUGGUGUGGAUCCCAAGUCGAUAGUGUGCGAAUUUUUUAAAGCAGGACAAUGUACGAAAGGGUUUAAGUGCAAGUUCUCUCAUGAUUUGAAUGUUCAACGGAAGGGUGAGAAGAUUGAUAUUUACAGUGAUAAGCGUGAUCAAGAAACGAUGGAGGACUGGGAUCAAGAGACACUUGAGAAGGUUGUUGAAUCAAAGAAAACAGAGUAUAACCAGAAUAAGCCCACCGAGAUUGUGUGCAAACACUUUCUGGAAGCUGUCGAAAAGAAACAGUAUGGUUGGUUCUGGGUAUGCCCAAAUGGUGGCAAGGAUUGUCACUACAGACAUGCCCUUCCACCUGGAUAUGUUUUGAAAUCUCAAAUGAAAGCUCUUUUGGAGGAAGAGAGUGAGAAGAUUACUAUUGAGGAAGAGAUCGAAAACCAGCGUUCUAAAACAACAUCAUCGACACCAAUGACUACUGAGCUAUUUAUGCAAUGGAAGACGAAAAAGAUGGAAGAAAGAGAGGUUAGUUUGGCUGCGCAACGAGCAGACAGGGCUAAGAAUGAUCGCAUGAGUGGUCGUGAAUUGUUUCUCUCGGAUGCAAGUUUAUUUGUGGAUGAUGCUGAGGCAUAUGAGGCAUACCAUAGAGAAGAACCUGAGGAUACUGAGCAGAAGGGCAAGGAUGACACAACAGCAGCUGGGCCGAGUGGCACAGCUAGUGUAGCUGCUGAUUCUGAAGAUAUCCUUCUUGAUGAUGAUGACGACGAUGAUGAACUUGACAUGGAUGAGCUGAAUGAACUUGAAGCUAGUUUGUCAAGAACAUCCGUUCAAAUUCAGGAACCAGGUAAUCCAGGUUCAUCUUGAGAAUCCAUUUUUCUUAAAGGGUUAGCAUAAAACUCCAUAGAAUCUUGAAGCAUUAAGAGUGUGUAAACCUAACGUUUAACCGGGAAUGAGAAACAAUUUGUUUGAAACUGGAAAGAUGUUCUGUCGUGCACCUUAUUUUGGCUCAUUAAUGUUAGUCAAGUUUUGCUUCUUGUA